AUGAGUGAGAUGGAUGAUUUGAUUAAGGCCAACCGUGAGUGGACGGAGAGGCUGAUUGCGAGGCAGAAGGCUCUGCAUGGACAGCGUGAGAGGUAUACCAGGGAGUCAGAACUCCAGGAAGAAAUACACGCCAGAGGAGGAGGAACUUAUCAGGGAGAUGUACAGGAACAAGGCCAAGGACAAGGAGGUGGCGAUGGCUCUGGGGAGAAAACUGUCACAAAUCAAAUCAUACAAGAGGCAGCAUGGGCUGUCAAAGACAAGGAUGUAAGAAUUAUGGGAAAGAUAAAUGAUGAUGUGCUGAUUGAGGCAUACGAGAGGCUUGGCAAUGUGUGGAAAGUUGGGGAUGAGUUGGGAAUCAGCGGGCAGAAGGUCUAUGCGAGAUUGGACAAGCUGGGGCUGGUCCGCAAGAUGAAUCGUUUUACCAAGGAGGAUGAGGAGUUUCUUCUUCUGCAUUACCAGGAAUACAAGGACAGGUGGGAUUUGAAGACUCUUGCAGAGAUGAUGGGAAGAACUGUGCCUUUCAUCAGCCGUAAGGCAAAGGCUUUGGGGCUUACAAGUUAUGGUAGUAAGAUGCCAGAAGAUAAAAGGCUCAAUCAGGGAAGGAUUAUGUCUGAGAGGAUAAAGAGGGAAGGGCAUUCACGUGGAAUGUUGGGCAAGCAUCAUUCUGAAGAGUUCAAGCGCAAGAUGUCAGAACGUGUCAGGAGUGAAUGGAAGGAUCCAGGGAGUGCUCACAAUACAGAAGAAAACAGGCAGAGGCGUUCAGAUGUGAUGCAUCAGAGCAGGAUGAAUGGUACCAUAUCAUCCUCAUAUUCGAUAGGCAAGAGGAUUGAUGUUGAUUAUGGGACUAAGCAUUGCACAUUCCGUUCCACGUGGGAAAAGAGUAUUGCAGACAUUUUGGAAUCCUACAAGAGCAAAGGUUGGGUUGCAGAAUGGACAUAUGAGGAGGUUGUGUUUGAUUUCCCUUUAGAGCGGAGAGGCGUGAGAAGCUAUAGGCCAGAUUUUGAAAUAACCAAAGCCAAUGGGGAUAAAGUCUAUUUUGAGGUUAAGGGAUGGAUGACGCCUAAAGGCAAGAAGGGAAUAGAUCUGAUGAGAAAGUAUUAUGCAAAUGUUGAAUUGAUAAUAAUUGAUGAAGAUGAGUACAAGCAAAGUGUAUCCGAAACAGACUAUCUACGGAGAUAUUGUCUCUAA